GCGGCGGCGGCGCUUCCUGGUGCGCGGGGCAUGGCGCUGGUGACGGUGCGGCGGGCGGCGGGGUCCGGCGGGGGCUCGGCGGAGGAAGAUGCACCCAGACGUGGCCAACUGCAGCGGCGAGCUUUGUCAUGGUCAAAGGGGCCGCUCUGCUGCUGCCUGCUGAGGAGCACCCCCCGGCUGAGUCCCCCCCGGCCGAGCCCCCCAGCCUGGCCCAGGGGCAGCAGGAGCAGCACCUCCAGCUCAUGAUGCAGCUGCUGCGGCCUCAGGACGCCAUCCGGCUGGCGGUGCGGUUGGAGUCGGCGCGGCCGCGGCGGGUGCGGUACCUGCUGGUGGUGCGGCCCGAGGAGGCGGGGGCCCAGGGGGAGGCGGCGCUGCUGGGGGUGGACUUUGCCCAUGAGGGGGCAUCCCGCUGCACCCUGGGCAUGGUGCUGCCCCUCUGGAGCGACACCCAGGUCUUCCUCGAUGGCGAUGGAGGGUUCAGCGUGACGUCAGGGGGAGAGACCCGCAUCUUCAAGCCCAUCUCUGUGCAGACCAUGUGGGCCGUGCUGCAGGAGCUGCACCGCGCCUGCGAGGACGCGUCCCGAGGGGGGCACAUCCCCGGCGGGGCGGCGCUGGGCUGGGCCCGGGGGUACGCGGCGGCGCUGGGCUCGGAGCAGAGCUGCCUCAACGAGUGGAGCGCCAUGGCCGGGCUGGAGUCCGUGCGGCCCGCGUCCCCGCCCCCCCGCCGGCCAGGGGCACCGGAGCUGUCGGAGCAGACAGUGCGGGCACUGCUCCGGGACGUGAUGGCCAGCGCCGACCUGGAGAGCGUCACCUCCAAGGAGGUCCGGGAGGAGCUGGAGCGGCGCACGGGGCACAGCCUGGCCCAGCACAAGGACUUCAUCGACAACGAGAUGCUGCUGGUGCUGGCGCAGAUGGACCGGCCCUCCCGUGUGUUCCCUCACCUCUACCUGGGAUCUGAAUGGAACGCGGCCAACUUGGAGGAGCUGCAGCAGAACCGGGUCACCCACAUCCUGAACGUGGCGCGGGAGAUCGACAACUUCUUCCCGGCGCUGUUCACCUACAUGAACGUGCGGGUGUACGAUGAGGAGACGGCCCAGCUCCUGCCCCACUGGAACGACACCUUCCUCUUCCUCUCCCGUGUCCGGGCCAGCGGGGGCCGGGCACUGGUUCACUGCCGCAUGGGGCUGAGCCGCUCGGCAGCCACGGUGCUGGCGUACGCCAUGAAGGAGUUCGGGUGGCCCCUGGAGCGGGCGCUGCGGCACGUACGGCACUGCCGGCCCGGCGCCAUGCCCAACCCCGGCUUCAUGCGGCAGCUCGACUUCUACCAGGGCAUCCUGAGCGCCAGCCGUCACAGCACCAUGUGGGAGCCCAGGGUGGCCGAGCCCCAGCCCCAGCCGCAGCCCCAAGGGGACGAGGGCGGCGCAGCCCCAUCCCCGCAGCCCCUUGAGGACGUGACAGUGCCGGGGGUGCUGGGGGCCUCCCCUCGGCCCCGCAUCUCCCUGUGCGCCGUCAUGAGGAGCAUCAGCCAGAUGGAGCCCCCUGAGGAGCCGCUCUGCGAGGAGCAUCGCCCCAACCUCGACCCUCGUCCCGCCCGCGCCGGGUGCCGCGCCAGGCCAGCCUCGACGGAGGCCCCGCCCCCUGAGGUGACCACGCCCCCGAGGAGGGAGGCUCCGCCCAUGGCCGCGCGCACCGACGACUAA